CUACCGAUGCUUCUCUUUUCGUUUUCAUUAUUUACAGACGAUAAAAUCUUGUAAUUAGAACCGCGAUCGUACGGGAGAGCGAGAGAGAGAGAGUCACACACAUAUCGGUGGGUGGCAAGUGGGUAAGGUUUGGUCGAGUCCAGAUUCUUGAACUAGAGGCUAGGGGCCCUCAUGUGGAGACGAAUGCUCCACGCUCGAGCUACAACAUCGUUGCUGAUGGGUGAUGCGAAUGAAGACGAGACUCGGGUUUCGUGUGGUUUUAUGGUGGGCGCGGACAGUAUGCAGGCACACAGGCGCAAGAACGUUGGCUGAACGUGGGGUGAGAAAAAUGUUGCAUUAAACCCGGCUGAGCCCGCCAUUGCCGGGGUCCGAUGCUUUGCAUUGUUGCUCUGUUUGGUGUUGCGGCGGGCCCGUUGUUGCUCUUUGCUACCUUAUCACAAUUGUCUAUCGAUUGCUGGCCAUAUGUUAGCUUCUUCCUUUCCUCCCUCAAUCCCUCCCGGUGGGUUGUUUGGGUUAUUGCAAUCAAUUAAAAACGUAUGAAUUCUCGCAACGCGCAACCACGGUUGCUGCUUGACGGUUGAAUAUGUUUCCCUUCAUUAGUGCUGAGUGCAGCAUGUUUCCCGUAUCGCUUGGUUUCUAAUUGGUUCUUUUUUCUUCCAUUUUUCAUUCUAGGUAAGCAAUUCGAUUCCAAUUGUGGUUUUGUUUUUGGUAUUUACAUCGGAUCCAGUAGAGUUGAGUGGUGGCAGCAUCAUUGCAAACAUCCAAGUAACCCAGCAAAAACAUCGCAGUUAGCGAACAAUUCAACCACAGUCAACAGGUUCUAUUCUCCAAAAAUGAACUUCUCUAGAAUAAGAUAUCUUUUCCGCCGGUUUUUCACCACCUUCGAACGAAACUAUCCGACCCCGUACAAACUUCUUGCGGGCGAAAAGCGAACCGAGCUGCUGCUGCCCCGUGCGCUUCUGCUAGCCCUGUACGGACUGCUCGUGGGCUUCCUCUUCUACCGGCUCGUGCUAGUAAACCUUGACCUUCCGGACACCGUCCGCUUCUACUUCGGCCUGACGGUGGCGGUCGCACUGGGUAAGCGUCAACAAUUUCCAUACAAUGAAACGGCUCACCAACUGGGCGUAUUUUGCUUCUUUUCCACUCCACUCGCAGCAGUCGGAUGUAGCUUUUCGGCGCAAGUUCGCUGCGUCUGUGCGCUGUGUUGGGUAGGGUUUUUUGGCAAAGCGGGACGCAAUCUGCUCAAAACGCUUACCCUCACCCUCCUGCUGACCGGUCCGAUCGAAAAUGCGACCCUGAACGGGCGCGAAGUGGUGCGCGUUCUAACCUGCUCCGCCGAGCUGGCCUUUAAUUUGACGCUAACGCGCGUCGAUCUGAUGACGAAACCGUUUCAAAAUGCACUGCACCAGGGGCGCGAUCGGCUGCCGGAGUUGAAGCAAGAGUUUUCCGCGAUCGUUUCUAUCGUCGAACCUAUCGUGCGGGAGGUUGAGCAUUCUGGCCGUGGUGGUGGUGGUGGUGAUGGAGGAGAAGACGGCUCAGACUCGCUCAGCAGUGAGGAGGAGACCACGCAUGGUGCUGGCAUUGAUGGGCCGAUUCGUUCCGCAGCCGCUUAUCAGCAGGCGUACGUGGCCAAGCUUAACGAGCGCUGCCUGGCCCAGCUAGCGACGGGCGUGGACCGGUGCAAGGCUUCGUUCGAGCGGUCGUACGACGAGUGUAGCGAAAGCUUGCCACCGCUCGUCAACACGCUGCUCUGCUGGCCGAUGAAGCUGGAUGUGGCCUGCAGCUCGGCCGAACUGUUCGGGGUCGGUGCCGUGUGCCGCAUGGAGGACGUGCUGGAUGAGGAUUUUGGCGCAAACUAUCACCUGCUCAAACAGACCGAACACCAGCUGACGGGGGGUGUCGGUAGCAUCGAGAUCGAUUAUCAGGUGCCCGAUUUGCGAAACCAUUCCGGUUACGUAACCAUCAAGAAAGCGUCCAAACAGAUGGGGAAAGAAUUCAGCAAAAAGAAACACUUCCUCCGCUUGGUGAGCUACUUUGUGCGCAAAGUGUUUGCGUUCAUCUUUCUCCGUGUGAUCUUCAGCUCGGUCCGCUACCAUAAUGCUUACCUUUGGAGGAUCACUUUCAACAAUUUCUACAUCACGGAUCAGUUUCGAGCGCUCGCCGCUCGCCGUAUGGAGGAGAAUGGCUUCCCGGUGCUCCCUUUGCGGGCGAUCCAGCAAUCGGAGCUGAUCGACACGCGGGAAGGCAUUUGGAACAAGCUGGAACUGCGCCACAUUGUUGGAUCCUUCGCUACGCUGCUGUUUCAUUGCCUUUCGACGACCGUUCUGCUGCUGAUGGACGCACUGCUGUAUGAAACGCUCGACAUAGUGGCACGCCAUUCGCGCAUUGAGUAUCAUCAGCAAGGAUUCCAUGGCGUUAACGUGACGGUGUGUCUUUGGAAAAGGUUUCAAAUGGACCCCUUUUUUCUUUUUUUGAGCAUGGUUUAUCACUUCUUCAUCCCCAACCAGGUCACCGGUACGGGAGCACUCGCCGAGCUGGUGCGCAACACUGCCGAAGGAUUUCGCACAAACGAACGGCUAGAUUUCCACGCCUCGAACGAAGCGUGCCUUCCGCGCCCAGUGCCACUGUCGGGCUGGACCGUCGCCGGCAUUUAUGGACUGUUCGCGCUGCUGGCCCUUCUCAUCACGACCGAAGCGUACGUCCAGCGGGCACGCCGUCUCAUCUGCUCCUUUUUCUAUCCUGGCCGAGAGCAGAUGCGUACCGCUUACCUGUACAAUCGUGUCCUGCGGCAGACGCGCACCAUGCAGGCGACCCUCCCCGGGCGCAUCUUACAGUUAGCGGACAGUAGUGGCUCCUGCCGAGUGCUCCCGUUUUGUGACCGGCUCGCCUUGCAGCAUCCAAACUGGUUCGGCUGGACCCGCACCGGUCGACGGUGUGCGGUGUGUCGGGGCGCCGGAGCACCGCAGGAGUGUCAGCGCCCGGACUGCUUCCUUUGCUACUGUGCCGGCUGCUGGCAGGACAUCGAUCGGCAGUGUGUGGUCUGCGCCGGUCAGCCUGCCGACUGCUCGAACUGUUGCAAUCCGCUCGGCAAUCUGUCGACGGCCUUAAGCAGCGUACCAGACAGACAUGACGUGCCGUGACAUCCGCUGGCAAGUAUUUGACAGCACCGUUACGCACACACACACACGCGCAAUGUGCCCCUCGGGCUCGUCAAAGUUGCCCGGUACUUGCCACCGGUUGGCUCGUGGCUGGUCCCGUUUGGCCUUUUUGGAUCCGGAAGCAAUGUUCGAGCAUGGAAUCUUCCAGCGCGCACACACACAAACAUACCGAUGCGGUGUGAUGGAAACUCAACGCAGCGUAACGGGCACAGCGGAACGGGCGGGGAAGGGUUUCCCCUUGCCCAGGCGGGAUCAUACUACAACACGGUCACUGACUGUGGACCGUGUUGGCCGUCGGCAGCAUAAUGAACACACACUUAAAAUAAUCAUCCCGAACGAACGCAGCAGCCACACAUACGCACACAUACACAUUACAUGAUCGCGGGCACGGGCGCGCCCGAGCAUGCGGGCUGCCUGGUUCGGUCAACUGACCGACUGCCAGGCAGCGGGAAAACAGAUCGGGAUCAGUAGCCCCGCGCACAAUUCGACCAUUCGUAGUGUUGCGAUAUGAUCGCCGGGCUGCUUGGGGAAGCGAUGAUGGUACCUGGCUGGCUGCGCGGAGAGCGAUCGUGAUGGGCGGCUAUGAAAUGGGCAUCAUUACUCAAAAGCUUGUUGCAUUACUUCUGGAGAAAGUUUCUUUGGUGCAAAUUGUGAUUCGUAUGGUUGAAAUAUAUAAUUUCGUUUAUUAUUAGAUAUUUAGUCCUUUGUAGUCGUUUUAGUGUACAUGAAGAAGUAAAUCUGUAAAUAAGCUGUUUAUCAUGUGUUUAGAUCACAUCCAAUCAGCAACUUCGUUGGAUUUUUUUUGCAUCCUUGGUUUAAUUUUAUUUAUCGCAACGAAUGCCUUAUCUUUUAUGUAGUAAUUAUCAUCUGCUUAGAUCAAAUAAUUUAAUUUUUUAACAUUCAGUUACCAUUUCACUGACAACGUGAACUUUAUGCUUAGCCGUAGUACACUCGUCAACUCGUACGACUUAACAACAUGCCCAUCACGGGGUUCAAGUCCCGAAUGGACCGUUCUACCAUAGGUAGGUCUGAUUAUCCUGUUAUGGGUAAUCAAUAAGUCACUGAUAGCCAAGCCCAGUAGUUGUACAAACAGGUCUUGGCCGACAACUGUUAUUGUGCUAAAGAAGAAGAAGAACUUUAUGUUCAAUAAAAAGGGUAUUUUUUCUAACAUUUCUGUCACUAACCUUAGAACAUAGACGCCAGUCAUUACAAGCUACUUUUGUCGCGAAGUUAAUCAGCGGGGACAUGGAUCCUCGCUACCUGCUAUAAAAGCUGAAUCUUUAUGCUCCUGAACGACCUCUCACGUGAGUUUUCUCGUCACGUGUGCUGCGAAGACCUAUGUUCUCAAGAUCUGCAUGUUCCUAUAAUGCGUAUAUGAACCAAACGAUACAAAACUUCAACAAGUACCAAAGAUUCUUUGACUUCAACAUUAGUAUAAUCCAAUUCAAAACCAAUGGUCUCUCGUUUCCUCAUUGAUAGCGUUUUAGUUAAGUUUCUAAAUGAAUUAGGGAUUUAUUAUACAAGUAAGUGUCCC